AUGAGCAGUCCAAAGCGGAGGAUCGAGACAGAUGUCAUGAACACCAUUCGAAGGGUGGUGUGUGGAAAAAUCCAGGUCGAGCUACCCGAUCAGUACCCGUACAAGAGCCCGAGCAUCGGGUUCGUCAACCGAAUUUACCACCCCAAUAUUGAUGAGCUGUCUGGCUCGGUAUGUCUAGACGUAAUCAACCAAACAUGGUCACCCAUGUACGACAUGAUCAAUAUUUUCGAAGUCUUCCUCCCACAACUCCUCCGAUAUCCCAACCCAUCAGAUCCGCUCAACGGAGACGCUGCAGCCGUAUUGAUGCGAGAUCCGAAGAAGUACGAGGCCAGAGUGCGAGAAUAUGUCGCCAAGUACGCGAGCAAAGAUGCAGCCGACGAAGCUGGCGAGGAUACCGAAUCAGAUGACGAACUGAGCUCGGUUGGCAGCUACGAGUCCGGGAACGAGGAGCCGGCCGGAGAGAUGGACGAUGUAUGA